AUGUCGAAUUACGAUCAACAAUCAGAAGAUUUUUUAAAUAGUAGCGUAUUGGGAGAUGAUUUCUUUAAUGAAAUUGUUGAGAAAAAAUUAGGAAAUUCAAGAAAUGGAUUCAAAUUGCAGUUGAUUUUGUUAUCGCCAGCCACUGGCAAGAACGAGAAUUAUGUUUCAGUUCUCUAUCGUGCAAAAAUCAAGAUUGAAAUGAUUGAGACGAAUGAGAAAAAAUCUGUUGACGUGAUCAUCAAAGCAUCGUUGACCCUCGAAGAGAUGAAAACAUUGAACUCCUUUCAUCGAGAACGAGCGAUAUACGAGAAAGUUCUUAAAAGUGUCAAAAAUAUUUGGUUUGAAAUAGCUGCUAAAGUUAUUAAGUUUGGACCACAAGAUGUUGUAUUUAAAACUAAUCCUUAUGAGAUCAUUGUGCUGGAUGAUUUGAAAGCUGCUGGUUAUGAAAUGCUGAACAGGAAAGUUGGUCUCAACAUGGAACAAACGAAAAUGUUGUUGAUGAAACUCGCUAAAUUCCAUGCUGCAAGUGCAAUUCUUUAUCAGGAGAGUGGAAAAAUUGACGAUCACUUUGACAGAAAAAUAAUUCCCUUAUUUCCUGAAGAAGGUUCGAUGAUUGACGCUUCCCGAAGAAUGCUUGAAGCUUUCGAGACUUCUGUACGAAAUAAUGAAGGGUUUGAAUACAUCGCGAAUAAAAUUUCUAAUUGGAAUGUUAAGAAAUUUUUAGCAGCAUUUACGAACGUUGCAGAGCCAAUGAAAUGUGGAUUUCAAGUUAUGAACCACGGAGAUGUUUGGGUAAACAAUUUAAUGUUCAGGUUUGACCACGAAACUAAUUCCGUAAAUGACGUUCUAAUGAUUGAUUAUGAAUUGUCAUUUUGGGGAAGUCCAGCUGCAGAUUUACUUUAUUUUUUGAUUACAUCAGUGGAAGAUAACGUCAAAGUUGAACAUUUCGACACAUUUAUUUCCUUUUACCAUGAACAACUGUCAGAAUCCUUGAAGAUGCUCAAAUACGUUGGUCACAUUCCAACGUUGUCAGAACUCCACAUUGACCUUUUAGAGAAAGGUUUCUUUGCUUGUUCAUCGAUGACUGGAACAUUGUUUUUCGCAAAAUAUGAUUCCAAUGAAGAAUUCAGCAUGGAAAUAUUCUUAUCAGACGAAGAUAAUUCUGAGAAGCUCGCGAGAUUAUACGACAAUGACAACUACAAAAAGGCGAUGCAUCUUCAAUAUUUACCAACGAAUCAAAUUCUUUACACAACAAUUAAUUAA